UACGUGUCAUAGUACAUUAGUGUGCCAUUUGUGUGCUGUGUUGUGUGUUGUCUGGAAUCUCAGAGGUUUAAAUGCUACCUGCUGAAAGAUCAGCAUCUUACAGUCCAACAUGAAUAAUCCCUUCUUGAAAUACCUUCCGCUCUUGUACAAAGAACCUAGAAGCAAUGUAGUAGGCAUUGGUCGUGGUAGGAUCACUUGGCGUUACACACCUGAGCGCCUCGGGAUGGCAAAUGUCACAGAACAUCCAGCUAAUCAGGGUAUCAUUAAUGGUAUUGCACCAAAUGGAGAUGCCCAAGAAGAAGAUCUCAUUGCUCGUAAACUUACAGAAAUGCAGGAUAUCCAUUUGCUGCCCAUCAAAGAGGAUAUUGCAGAAUGGAUAACGCACAGUUGGGGUAGAAAUUACUCCAAGUACAUUUCUAGAUGUACUAGACAGUGGAAUAGUCUUGUGCAAACUUUCUAAACUCAUUGAAACAAAAGCUAAAGAAUGUGAACGAAUGGUAAACUCACAGAGCCAUUGCCAAUUUACAAACUAAAGUGCAAUGAACGAGCCAAGUCAGGAACCUGGUUUGCACGGGACAAUGUGACUAAUUCUAGGCUGGUGCCGAGCUUAUGGGAUGACUGAUGAAACAAUGUUUGACUC